UAGCGCCAGUUUGACCUUUAUUAGAGUGCUUUAACCACCGGUCGCUGUGGCGGCGACACCGGCCGCUCAUUUAUGUCCCUGUCCUCACACUAGAGGUUUUUAUUAUUUUUUCUAACCAGGUGGGAGCAGACAGCUGGUGAAAAUGGGAGGUAACAGCAGCACCUCCAGGAAGGUGUCAUUCGGACUGGACGAGAACGAGAAGGUCACAGUAAUUGAAGGAGUGAAGCUCUCAGAGGAUGUGCUCCGGCGGAUGAGGGACUCUGAGGGCACUGACAGCGGCAAGCCACCACCAUCUCCGUCAGACAGUCACAAACCACCACCCAGUCCAAAACCAACAGGACCCACCACUACAGAAAUACAGGAAGAAAUACGCAAAAACUUUGAGCAUGAACAGGCCCGGGUGCAGGAGCAGUUGGCCAGACUGGCCCAGAGGGAGAGAGAGCUCGGAGCAACCACAGGCCUGGAUGAAUUGACUCCUGCCCUCAUCAUAGAGAAAGGAAAGGCCCAUGAAGAGCAUGAAAAGGCAAAGCUAUUGGCCAAACAACUGAAGAGGAAAGAGGAGGAACUGGUCAGCAUAUCUGCCUUUUAUAAAGAGCAACUAGAAACACUGGAGAAAAGGAACCUUGACAACUACAAGCAGGCAGCUGAACAGUACGACGAAGCAGCUACUAAAGCUGAGGCCCACAUCAGACCUCGACAGACUGCAUCUGUGUGUAGUGAGCUGCAGGCCAAGGUGCUCCAGUGCUACAGAGAAAAUCCACAGCAGACCCUGCACUGCUCCAGCCUGGCCAGACAGUACAUGACCUGUGUCCAGCAAGCCAAGAAGAGCUCGCUGACGAAUCACGGCUGAGAAACCCAAGGAAGCAGGAGCAGGAGAAGAAGAAGGGAAGAAGAAGAGAGCAUAUCAAAUCCCUCCAUUUCUGGCCUCCCUCUGUCCUUCUCCUAUCCAUCCAUCCAUUUAUUUAUCCACCAUCACUGAAGAACCCCCUCCUCUUUCCCACUCACCGUCCUUCUUGGUUUUGAGUGUAUUAUCUUGACAUGUCACUUCAGAGUGUAUGAUGUGUUGAUUUAUUGUUAUGUUGCGCUGGCACACCCCUGCCGUCGCUGAAAUAAAUCCCAGUGAUCCGGUGGUGAUGAGACUGCA